AUGCAGUCUACUCUCCCUAUCUCCUUGCUGCUGCUUCUCCUACCAUUGAACGUAUUUGCAGAGACCGAGGUGAUCACUGGAACCGAUGUAACUUGUUCCUGGAGUCAUAAUGUUGCUCAAAAUCCGUCGUUUGAGCUCGGGUCCCUCUCUCCUUGGGCUGUCUAUCAAACCCAGGGUACUUCAAGUGUUGUGGCGGACGCCUCUGACGACGGGGGCUAUGUUGCAGCGUUGACACCGGCCACUUCGGGAUGGGGCUCGCUAUACCAGAGCUUGACGGACCUCACCGUAGGACAGACGUACACACUCUCCUUUGACUACAAAAUUGCUUCUGCUGUCAACUCUGGAACCUGCAAUUUCUACUUUGCGGUGAACGGUGUUUUCGGAACGAAUCGUAUUACCACAACGCCAAUGGGAUAUGUUGCGUACUCAGGAUCAUCGACAACCCCAGCUGCUUCAUCGUGGAGGACACUGUCGACCACAUAUGCACCUACCAGCACAAACCUUGACUUGAUGCUUUUCGUGAUUUGUUCAGGAAAUUCUCGUCUCCCUCAGGCUAUGCCUCAGGUCUACUUUGACAAUGUUCAAUUCAGCAAUGAUAAUGUCGAAAUCGAGACUUGCACUACGUCCACUUAUACCUCGACUGUCACUAUCGCCUCCACUUUGACUCCUGUCAGUACACCAUCGGCUGUGGCUACCAGCUCCAUCAUUCUUUCGUCGGCUGUGGUUGUCUCUCAAACGCCUUCCAGCAAACCUGAUGCGAGCCUGUCGUCGUCUGUAAUCGUUGCUUCUAGUUCUACUCCCUCUCUCGUUGCAUCCACCGUACCCACUUCCAACACUCCUUCCAGCACCCCAUCAAGAACCCCAGCAGGUCCCACGGGACGACCAUUGCCUUCUAGUUCGAGGGUUCCAAUUUCGAGUACAUCACCCCCAGCUUCGCCAUUGAAGCAAUCAUCGACUGCUCUGCCUUUGUCGGUUUCCAGCCUGUCAAGCAGAAACCCGGCCUCCACAGGACAACUCUCGCAAACAUUCGUUCUUUCAUCGUCGGCUACCGCAGUCCCUCAAUCAACGCCACUCGUUAACUUGCCCGUGCCUCAGUCAAGCUCAAGCAAUGCCGCUUCUUCGAUCGGCGUCGCUCCAUCGGCUCAAAUCACAAGCGUCGUCUCCAGCAGCAUUGCAAGCGCAACCGAGAUUGAUAGUUCUUCAAGCCUUGUCUCGGUACCCGCCGCACCAGCAACCAUCGAUUCUGGUGCCACUAAUGCUUCCGGAUCUACACCUACCACUGUUUCGAUCACGGAGAAUCAUAUCUCAUCCUCGAUAAUCGGUCCUACGACGAUUAUUGAGACGCAAAGCAGCCUGCCACAAACUAUGACAGGAGGACCACUACCUGGAAAUGAAGGGAGUGCUCCAAGCCCUGCGUUUACGACCUCUACUGUCUUCAGCACCCGGACCGCAACAAUCACAGCUUGCCCCUCCAGUGUCCUCGACUGUCCCGCCUCCGCUAAAUCUACCUACGUUACAACCGAAACUAUCAUUCUGUCAACUACCAUCUGCCCAGUCACUGCUGCAGAACCCACCGUCACAGCUGCCCCCAAAAUCACAGAAAGCACAGGUGCCGAAGAUCUCGCAUACACGGCAUCGACUGUGUUCAGUACCCGGACUGCCACAAUCACAGCCUGCCCUUCUAGUGUGCUUGAAUGUCCUGCUUCUUCUAAGACCACUUCUGUGAUGACAGAGACUAUCCUGGUGUCCAUUACUAUCUGCCCUGUCACUCCUACCGCCACUGCCGCUCUUUCUGUAGGACCAGGAAAUAACGUUGUUGAGGGAGAUGUGACAACGGAAACUCUUUUGACUACCGUGACUAAGACUAUCACCGCUUGCCCCUCCACAGUGACGGACUGCCCUGCUUCUCAGAAACAGACAUACACCACUACCGAGAUUCUCGUUGCAGGGACCACUGCAUACCCAGUAGCCUCUGCUAAGCAGAUUUCGGUCGCGGGCAACUCAGAUGUUUUGACCACGACUCUCUCACUUGUCCCAGUUGGAAAUGGAAACAGCAAACCCACAGAGACCGGAACCACUCCUAUGGUUGCACCGACACCGUAUUCCUCAGAGUUGACAUUUGUCAAUGCUGAACCCACAUCAUUCGAAAUUUCAGCCUCCACUCCCACAGCUUCGACAAGUUCAACAUCAGUAUCGUCUGUCGCUAUUGAUGUUUCAGCCCAGGCUAUAGAGUCCGAGUCCUCCGAAGCCGGUAUUUACGCUUCUGCUCUACCGACUACAAGCACGGUUAUUCAUGCUAGCGCCAGCAACCCUACACAUUCAUUCUCCGCCCUUAUCUCAACAGCUGCAAGCAGUAGUACUCUGACCUCCCAGAAGAGCUCUGCUACCAGCUCAUCGACAUCCACUCAGAGCUACAGCGGUAUCACUGCGGCACCUAGUGUCGCAUACACUGGUUCAGCGUCACCUCUUCGCUCCGAGUGGUUGAAGGUGAUUGGUGGUAUUUUCCUUGUUUUGUUCGUUUAG